AUGAUUCCAGCUGGUAUUAAACAUGAGUUUGGCAUUUGUGGUUGGAUACUUACAAUUGUGGCAUAUGUUGCCGUCUUAUUAGCGCUACCAUUUUCAGCUUGUGUUUGUGUUAAGGUGAUAGCAGCGGAAGGUGAGAAGAAAGCUUUAGAAUCUCUUAAUGAAGCUGCAAAUAUGAUUGCUGAUUCACCAUGUUAA